GAAUUUUAGAAAUGGGGCUGACGCAGAUUGUUAUUAUGUCUUGCAAAUUUUAAAAUACUUGAUUAGUUUUUAUGUGAAAAACAUGAGUGGGAAGAAAAGCUUUUUUUAGAUUAAUUUAAUUUCGGGUUUCUAUUGUUAUUAUUAUUAUUAUUAUUAUUAUCUUUAUAAUUUGUGAUAAUUAUUGCUAAAAGUAUGCAGCAAUUUUUUUUUAAAUCUUUUGAUAAAAAAAUGUUCAAAUUGAAUUGUAAAAUAUCCUAUUUGAGCCGAGAUCGGAAAUUUUGUUUGUAUAUUGUUACAUCUGUAAAGCUUGAUCUUUUAUCCAAUUUGGGCACAAAGAUCAAUGCUUGAUCUUAUAUAUCCAAUUUGGGCACAUGGAUCAAUUCUUGAUUUUAUAUCCAAUGUGGGCACAUGGAUCAAUACUUGAUCUUAUUUAUCCAAUUUGGGCACAUGGAUCAAUUCUUGAUUUUAUAUCUAAUUUGGGCACAUGGAUCAAUACUUGAUCUUGUAUCCAAUUUGGGCACAUGGAUCAAUUAUUAUUAUUAUUAUUAUUAUUAUAUCCAAUUUGGGCACAUGGAUCAAUGCUUGAUCUUAUAUCCAAUGCGGGCACAUGGAUGAAUGCUUGAUCUUAUAUCUAAUUUGGGCACAUGGAUCAAUGCUUGAUCUUAUAUCCAAUUUGGGCACAUGGAUCAAUGCUUGAUCUUAUAUCCAAUGUGGGCACAUAGACAAUGCUUGAUCUUAUAUCCAAUGUGGGCACAUGGAUCAAUGCUUGAUCUUAUAUCUCAUUUGGGCACAUGGAUCAAUGUUUGAUCUUACAUCCAAUUUGGGCACAUGGAUCAAUACUUGAUCUUAUAUCCAAUUUGGGCACAUGGAUCAAUGCUUGAUCUUAUAUCCAAUUUGGGCACAUGGAUCAAUGCUUGAUCUUAUAUCCAAUUUGGGCACAUGGAUCAAUGCUUGAUCUUAUAUCUAAUUUGGGCACAUGGAUCAGUGCUUGAUCUUAUAUCCAAUUUGGGCACAUGGAUCAAUACUUGAUCCCUCAAUUAAAGUAGAUCUGUAGAUCUGAAAUCUGCAUAAACUAGAGAUCAAUACUUGAUCCCAAGAUGUCAACACAAAAGUUCUGAUUUCUGGAAAAAAAAGUAAAUUGGAUAAUGUUUGAAAAAUAAAAUUUAUAUUGAUUUUAAAUGUGUAAUUAUUAAUACAUAUGUCUCUUUUUUUCUAAGAUGAGAUAUUAGAUAACAUGUGAUUUUUGUUUGUUUUUAAUGUAUUUUUAUGAUUGACAAUGUUAUUGUUUCUAUAAUUUUUUUCAGAAAUAUUUUAACCUAAAAUGAUAAAUCUACGAGAUUUCAAUUUUGUAGAUUUACUGGAUUCUGGAUCCAGCCAGAUAGAACCUGAUAUUCAAUUUAAUGUAAUGGAUAAGAAUGAAAUUUUACUAGGAUCUGUAAAUGCUCACAAAUACCUUCUGUCUCUGCUCUCCCCAAUCUUCAAUCAGAAACUAUCAACCCACAAGGACAGUAGUCUUCAAACGAUAGAGAUAAAAGGAUUCUCUUUGGAAUCUGUGAAUACUAUGAUAAAACUUCUCUAUUCUGGAGAUAGAACCUUGAUGAGUAAGUUGAGUAGUCUAGAGUCCUUGUUCCAGCUUGUUCUCCUGGGGGAUGAGUAUGAGUUGAGAGGAUGUAGGACCAUGAUACAGGAGAGGGUUGAACAAGUUGACAUCUCUGACUACAACGAUGUGUUCCAAGUACUGAAGAAGUAUGAGGAUAGGUUUACUGUUGAAUGUGUUUGGAAUAUAUUGUACAAGAGAACUGUUUCCGUUCUUCAAAGCUCAUGUCAUUCAGAGAAUGAUGUUCUUGCAUUAAUUAGGACUAAUAUUGAAUCCAAUGAUGAAGUCUUAAAGUGGAUUAAAACUAAGAUCAUUGCAAACCUCAAGUUCCACAUGCAGCUGAGACUAUGGAGGAAUCACAAGACUCCCAGCAAGCAUGAAGCUGUAAACAUGUUAGAUCAAGAAGAAAGUAAAGCUGAUCAAGAAGAAAAAAAAGCUUAUCAAGAAGAAAGCAAAGCUUAUCAAGAAGGAAGCAAAGCUGAUCAGGAAGGAAGCAAAACUGAUCAAGUAGGUAGUAAAACUGAUCCAGGAGCACUGUGCCCGAAUUGCAAAGGAAUUGGAGGAUGUCUUGACGGUCAGACUGUUGUCUAUGCAUUUAAAGGAACUUGUGUGAAAGCUGUGUCUGGUUUUCAACCUGUAAAACAUUCUAUUGAAUAUCAAGAAUAUCAAGGAUACAUACAUAAGAGAAAAUAUUCUAAGCUUUCCAAACACCAGACAGGAGAUGUUCAGGCAUUUUAUGCUGAUAUUGACCGCGUUUUUCUUAUAGUUAGUUGGGAUUUGAAUCCCCAGGAAGAGCAGGUGUACUUUGGGAGGCAGGGCAUACCUCCAGAGGUUGUGUACUGUUGCCAUCUUACAGACGAGACUUCUUUAGUCAAAAUACCCCGACCCCAUCCUAUUUUAGCUCGAUCAAAAUUUGAAUUUACUGGUUUGGAACAAACCCCUGACUUUGGUUUGCCCAGUCUGUCAACCUUUAGUACUAAUGAAAAGUUAGUGUUUGGUACUACAUCAACACAUCCCCUAGAUGAGUUUACUGCAGUCAAAACAAUUUUUGAUGGAACUACAGCAAAAGCUGUCUUCGGUGGUACUGCAUCUAAACCUAGUUUUAAUGCUCAAGUAAAUAAAUCUUUUUUUGAUGGCUCUGCAAUUAAUCAUGAGCCAUUUUUAGAAUCUACUGCAACUGUCUUUGGUUCAUAUGCAGUAAGUUCUGGUGGAAAAACUGGUUCUUUUGGUGUUGAGUCUCUUGGAACCAAUGAUAGUAUAGAUCUGUUUAGUCCAAAGCCUGGUGUUUAUUCUUUCAGUAGUCCUGUCAUCAUUGGAUCUGCUGGAAGUACUGGAUCUAGUCUAUUGGCCGACACCGAAUUCUCAUUUAGUUCCCCUUCAGUUCUAGUUUCUUCUCCAACCACCCCUUUCUUCCGUUCAAACCCCUUUUUUAACAAAUCUGGUUUUGUGCCUGUUACUAAUCCAUUCAGUUCAAAACAUGUAACGCCCUCACUGGUUACAUGCGAGCUAGAUGCUUUUUGUGACAUCUUAGCCUCUGAAGAACCUGCUACUCCUAACAUAUCAACCUCUAAAGUAUCUGCUACUUCUAACAGCUCUGCAUCUAAAGCACCUGCUACUUUUAUCAGCUCUGCAUCUAAAGUAUCUGCUACUUCUAACAGCUCUGCAUCUAAAGCACCUGCUACUCUUAUCAGCCCUGCAUCUAAAGCACCUGCUACUUCUAACAGCUCUGCAUCUAAAGUACCUGCUACUCCUAUCAGCUCUGCAUCUAAAGUACCUGCUACUCCUAACAGCUCUGCAUCUAAAGUACCUGCUACUCCUAACAGCUCUGCAUCUAAAGUACCUGCUACUCCUAACAGCCCUGCAUCUAAAGCACCUGCUACUCCUAACAGCUCUGCAUCUAAAGUACCUGAUACUCCAAGCAGCUCUGCAUCUAAAGUACCUGCUACUUCUAACAGCUCUGCAUCUAAAGUACCUGCUACUCCUAACAGCUCUGCAUCUAAAGUACCUGCUACUCCUAACAGCUCUGCAUCUAAAGCACCUGCUACUCCUAACAGCUCUGCAUCUAAAGUACCUGCUACUCCAAGCAGCUCUGCUUCUAAAGUACCUGCUACUUCUAACAGCUCUGCAUCUAAAGUACCUGCUACUCCUAACAGCCCUGCAUCUAAAGCACCUGCUACUUCUAACAGCUCUGCAUCUAAAGUACCUGCUACUUCUAACAGCUCUGCAUCUAAAGUACCUGCUACUCCUACAGCCCUGCAUCUAAAGCACCUGCUACUUCUAACAGCUCUGCAUCUAAAGUACCUGCUACUCCUAUCAGCUCUGCAUCUAAAGUACCUGCUACUUCUGACAUCUCUGCUCAUAAAGUACGCACUACUUUUAAAAGCUCUAAAGUACCUGCUACUCCUAAUAGCUCUGCCUAUAGAGUAACCAUUACUCCAAAUAGCUCUGCAUCUAAAGUAACUACUACUCCUAGCAGCUCUGCAUCUAAAGUAUCUGCUACUCAUAACAGCUCUACCUAUAGAGUAUCC